AUGUCUUCUAAUCUUUUAAUCUUCUUUACUUUAAUAUUCACCGUAUUUUGUGCCGAUUCGUAUUUACGGGAAAUAGUCGUAGAUGAUAAUGCUAUUGUUUAUUCGCACGGUUAUCCUUUAUUGCUACAAACUACAUCAAGAAACGUAACAGCUCCAAAUCCAAAUGGUCUUGGUGCCGAGACGCUAGAAUAUGUGGAUCCGUUUCGUUUGGACUGGAAGUUAACAUCAAAAACGGGCACCGGGCUCGUUUUCUUGUUUGACCGUUACGACCUCCAGGAUGGCGAUGGGUUGUGGUUGUGCGACGAGGCCGCCUACGAUCGAUGUCUAACAACUCCCCGGGCGUGUAACUGCAUUGAUAUCGAAGCAGUUGGCAACGCCGUCUAUUUUAAUGCUACACAAGGACCAGCAUUCCUUCUACUACAAUAUGGCGUCCCGGCACAGUAUGCCAACGGAAUCCGUGCCCGCGCGGGCUACCGAGCUAAAGUUAUAGAACAGAAGCCUUCCUACUAUGAUUGUGGCACAACGAAAGAUGUCGGCAAAAUGAAGACACCUUUCUUCUUGCUUUCCCCAGCAUAUCCUUUGGCAAAUGUUAAUGUGACGGAUUGUGCGCUGACAGCAACCGCAGAAUCCGGUCUCCGUGUCAGCAUCUACACAUUCGUGCCAGGAUUGAGCGGAUAUUUGAAUUUGCUCGGAAAAGACACUGCCGGAAAUUCAUUCAACCACACAUAUACCGAAUCCUAUUUGGGAAAUCGGAUUCCAUCAUUAUACUUCCUGCAAAAUGUUACACUUACAAUCAGCAUAUCCACUGAUGUAACACAGGCCCAAUACGGUUUCUACGUCAUCGCCGUCGAGCCCUACGACAUAUCGGCAAAGAUGGCCUGUGACCAGUAUGACAACGAAGCAACCGAUAGUGAACUGUUAAUCUGGACCCCAGGAUAUUCCUACCUAACUCCAACAAUUAAGCCCUACUACAACAAUAUCGAGUGCGACUAUAAAGUUAGUGUGACCAAAAACUAUCAAAUGAUGCUUGAAGUGCUGGGGAUGAGCCUGGAGAAGGAUUCGGAUUACUUUAUUGCACCGGCUUUCAACUUGACUUACCAGCUCGGGGUCUCCCUAACUGGCAGGAGCGGCUAUCAAAUAUUUUUUGCCCCGAUCGGCCUUAGUGAAGCGGCGUUGAAGCUGACGACUGAUGGGCUGGGCACGUCUUCAGGUGGUAUUAUGAAUGUGCGGCUUGCAGAUUGCGAAUGCACUGGCGCCGUCUUCAAUUUACAAAAUGGCACGACGGAUCCGCUUCCAUUCGCGAUGCCUACACGACACAACAUCGACUUUCAGUACAAUACCUACUGCCGAGAACAAGCCUGCACAUGGACGUUCCUGGUGGAUAAGGGCUCCGCGAACACGGUCAACUUCACCGAUGUCGAUGUGGCAGCAGAGGAUAAGCCUCAAAUAAUCGCCGACGGCAAAUAUGACACGAUUGAUAGGUGGGGCGUUUAUGGCUUCACCAACGUGACGAACAUCACUGUACAAUUUGUCACUUAUGCCUCCGGUACCUAUCAGCCUGCCGACGUACGGCGACGAGGCAUUAAGUUUGAAGUAAAAUCCGUGCCGAUCGUCCCAUUGUACAUUGAUAUUUGCAACACGUCAAUUUACGAGAUCAACCAGGCACAAACGAGGGCCGUGGAACAGGAAUACAUCUUUACCUCUUGCAACGGACCAUUGGCGAUAGCGCUCUACCAAUAUGAGGAUGAGCAGACGGUGGAGAUCUAUGAUGGCACGUUUGAGACGGGUACGAAGAUGAAGCUAGCUAACCAAAUGAUCUUCAAGCAGUUAACGGUCUCCGUUCGCAUCAAAAAUCCUGGGGACUUCGGCACCCAGGCUUUAAUGUUCAUCAGUGACCACUUCCUGGCUCCAGAUGGCAAAUUCUGCGGAGGCAGGGCCUACGAAGAUCUGCCAUGUAAGGUCGAGGGCUGUCUGUACGUAGCCGUCCGCGAGCUCAGUCGUAUCCAAAUUGAUUGGCAACCUAUCCCAACCUAUCGUGGCGCUUCAAUUCAGCCGGAGGACUUGGUGCCUUACUCAACCGACUACCCCCUGGAUCUGUACACGCCUGAUCUGAAAGCACUGACCUUCACUUUCCGAAUCCCCGCUAAUUAUUUGGGGACAAGUCAGUAUGAAGCCAAUGAUGCAUCAAACUUUGUGAGUCCGGGCUCCACCCCUAUGGUCAUUGUCUCAUCAGACUGGCUCGAACCUAAUCUGCCGAAGAAAGAUUUAUCCGUUGAAGUCUUUUGUAAUGAAGGAACAGUGCUGCCUAAACUAACACUAUUGCAAAAACUCGAGGGGACCGCCACGGUUUGUACAACUCAGGGCACAUGCCUCAACGCAACUGACGGACUCGGCUCAAUGUCGUUCAAUUGUGACCAAAUGCUGUUGUAUCAACCCGGAACCGCCACCGUCCCCUUCGUUGCAGAGCUACACUCCGAGCCACUCGGAACUUCCACGACAAGCAGGCCCGCGCUCCAA